AUGCCUGAAUUUGCAAUGCCAAAACUCGGCCGCUUUUGAUAUACAGAAUCUGAGCUUUCCAAUCUUUACAUGCAAGAGAAAAUUUGAUCAAAUUUCUGCGAAAAAUAAAGCUAUAUAUAUAAAAAGCAGCUAUUGAAAGAAGUGGAGCUGAUGGGUUCGUCUUUCGGUGAAGCUUUUCCAGCAAUGCAGGAAACUUUGCUGGAGUUUCGUGCUGGUAAAAUGAUGUUGGAAGGAAAAAGGGUUGUCCCUGAUACACGUAAAGGGCUCAUUCGCAUAGCUAGGGGUGAGGAGGGACUGGUUCAUUUUCAGUGGCUUGAUCGGACUCAAAAUGCUAUAGAAGAUGAUCAGAUUAUUUUUCCCGAUGAGGCUGUUUUUGAGAAGGUUAAUCAAGCAUCAGGCAGGGUUUACAUAUUAAAGUUCAAUACCGACGACCGGAAGUUCUUUUUCUGGAUGCAGGAGCCGAAAGCUGAAGAUGACUCACAAUUAUGUUGCGCGGUCAAUAAUUUCAUCAAUCAACCAUUAGAACUUGGUGUAGAUGAGACUGAUGCUUCUGAGCCUUUGCAAGCGUCUGAAGACAUGGUUGAAGAUGAUAUUUCAUCAAGAGCUGGAAACUUGACUCUUACAAACUUAGGUGCUGAAGCGAUUAGUGAUGUAACCUCUUCAUCAGGGCCAGUUAAAUUGGAAGACUUGCAAAGAAUACUGAGCAGUAUUGGUCCAGCAGAGGUAGCUGGUGAGCCAGAUGGAGGCUUGGGGUUGGAUGAUAUUUUGAAGCCAGAUUUGAUAAUGCCAUUAAUUGAGACAUUGUCAUUGGAAGAGCGAUUAGCUUCAUAUUUACCAGAGGGUCAAUGGACACCUGAGGAUUUGUUAGAGUUGCUGCAGAGUCCUCCUUUCCGUCAACAAGUAGAUUCAUUUACCUACGUACUUCGAACCGGACAGAUAGAUUUGUCUCAGUUCGGUAUUGAUCCAAGUAAAUAUAAGUUCACCGUUUUAUCUUUCCUUGAGGCACUUGAAGAUUCUGUUUCCAAAACUUCCGGAGAAACACAAGAUGAAAAAGAUGUAAGACCUCAAUCCUGUAACCGUAAUGACCCCAUGGAUGAGAGCAAGUGACGGAGAUAAUUUCAUCUGGUAUCGUUCCCAUCACCCUCGUUUAUCAUAGGAGAGAAUAGUUCAUCCCUGUUUUAAUUUAUUCUUCUUGGUUGAGUGGGUGUUCUGGAAAAAAAACAAGGCAGAAAAAAGAAAGCAAUGAAGAAUGGAAAUGGUUUAUAUUGUGGUUCAAAGUUUUAAGCUAUUGUAUAAUACAACCCAAAAAACAAAAACAAAAAAAAAGAAAAAUUUGUGUUGAAGAUUAAGUGGAUAAUUUCUUGGUUUUUUUAGGACCAUUUUUAAUACCUUCUGAACAUACACGGAAAGCAUUGAAUUGGUGAAAACAUAUAAAGGUCAAGUGUAUGUUGGUCUGUUGGAUUUUUGUUACAUUCGAAUUCCUAUCAGUUUUUUGUGUGUUUUA